AUGGCGGACGAAGGUUGUUGGCCGGCGAUGGAUCUGCUACGAUCGGAGCCGAUGCAGUUGGUACAAUUGAUUAUUCCGUUUGAAUCAGCGUAUCGAACAAUUUCCUAUCUUGGUGAUCUCGGCCUUUUUCAAUUCAAUGACCUAAAUGCAGAAAAGAGCCUAUUCCAAAGAACAUACGCUGCACAGAUCAAAGGAUGUGGGGAAAUGGCCUGCAAGCUACGGUUUUUUCGCGAUCAAAUGAUAAAGGAAGGUUUAUCGCCCUCAUCAACGUCUUCAGCGGGCCCCUAUGUCGAUUUGGACGAAUUGGAGAAAGCCAGUCAGUUUUUCCAUUCAGCUCAAAGCAGUGCUGCAGCUCAGCACAAAGAAUCUGAAGCACAUAUCCUUGGCGAGGGUUCAGUCGAUAGUCCCCUCUUACUUGAGCAAGAAAUGUCAACAGAACCCUUAAAUCAAAUGAAGCUGGGAUUUGUCAGUGGACUUGUGGGUAGAGAAAAAUCUGUGGCUUUUGAAAGAAUUCUGUUUAGAGCAACCAGGGGAAAUAUUUUUCUUAGACAACUACAAGUAGUAAUGGAAGAUCCAGUGAUUGAUCCGGUGUCGGGAGAUAAGGUUGAAAAAAAUGUUUUCUUUGUGUUCUAUUCUGGAGAGAGAGCAGAUAGCAAAAUAUUGAAAAUAUGUGAUGCAUUUGGAGCAAAUCGAUAUCCAUUUACAGAUGAUCUGGGCAAACAAUACCUGAUGAUAACAGAGGUUUUAGGGAAGCUUUCAGAAUUGAAGGCCACUAUUGAUGUUGGACAACUGCACCAGGCCAAUCUGUUGCAGACCAUUGGUUAUGAAUUUGAGCAGUGGAACCUACUGACCAAGGAAUCACCUCCAACUUACUUCCGUACGAACAAAUUCACUUCUGCUAUCCAAGAAAUUGUUGAUGCUUAUGGGGUGGCCAAGUACCAGGAAGCGAAUCCUGGUGUUUUCACCAUUAUUACCUUCCCAUUCCUAUUUGCCGUUAUGUUUGGAGAUUGGGGCCAUGGCAUAUGCUUGUUUCUAGCAACACUGUAUUUCAUAUCCCGUGAGAAGAAACUAUCCAGACAGAAGCUUGGGGAUAUUAUGGAGAUGACAUUUGGUGGUCGUUAUGUUAUUAUGAUGAUGGCACUGUUCUCAAUAUACACUGGACUUAUUUGGAAGCUCCGCUUAUGGUUGCAGAGAUUCAACCUGCAGGGAUGCUUCUACAGUGGGAUUAAUUAA